GUUUAGGGUUGGUUUGUCAUAAACUUUUAGAUUUCAGCGAAGAAAGUUCAACAACUUUUAACGUCAGCACAUUUUUUAAAAAAAGAUAAAUAUAUAUUUAUAUACAAAUAUUUAUAUAUAAAAUCUGUUUCACGGCCGAACAGCAUUUAACGUUGAAAGAAUAUCAGGACAGGACAUAUAAUUACAUAUAUAUAUAAAAGAAAUCUGUUACACUGUCAUGGCAACGGCAGUACCUCCAACAGGAUCUUCUCACCACGCAUUGAUCACUAACAAUGAAUAUCAAAUUAAAUUGGUCACACUUCUCAAUGAAUGUUGUGACCACUUACGUGAAAUUUUUCAUGAUCCUGCCCGUGGUAACAUGCCAAGGGAUAAGAAACAAUUAUAUCUGUCAUUAAAAAAAUAUAAGAAACAUUUAAACCAUCUGAAAAGAGAUCAGCUGGAAAUCGUUUUUCCGCAAGAUAGGGAAACAAAUUCGGAAUUGUUUGACAUCACUAUUUUAUGUGACGUUCUAAUUAAUUGUUGUCACGGUAUACAAGCACCAAUUGGUGGGUGGAGGACCAGAACACCGCAACCAAAUGAUUUCAGUGUCGGUGCUGACAUCAUUCGAAUCAGAAAUGAGCGCAAUAAUGUUAUGCAUGGAAGAGCAAUGAGUUCAGCACAAUAUAAUCAGCUAUGGAAUGCCAUAGAAGGUAUAUUAAGAAGACUCGGAUACGACAUAACAAAAAUUAAAGAUUUGAAAUCUGGUUGCUUGAAUGACUUAGACUUAUUUAAGAUCGAAAUUAUGAAAGCAGAUACUGAAAUUUUAAAUUUCAAUGUUAACAAUAAUAAAGACAGUAUUCAGCAAAACGAAGAUGGUAUUAAACAAAAUCAAGAUGACAUCAAAGCAAAUAAAGACAAUAUUCAGCAAAACGAAGAUGGUAUUAAACAAAAUCAAGGUGACAUUAAAGCAAAUAAAGACAAUAUUCUGCAAAACGAAGAUGGUAUUAAACAAAAUAAAGAUGACAUCAAAGCAAAUAAAGAUAGUAUUCAGCAAAACGAAGAUGGUAUUAAACAAAAUCAAGAUGACAUCAAAGCAAAUAAAGACAAUAUUCAGCAAAACGAAGAUGGUAUUAAACAAAAUCAAGAUGACAUCAAAGCAAAUAAAGACAAUAUUCAUCAAAACGAAGGUGGUAUUAAACAAAAUCAAGGUGACAUUAAAGCAAAUGAAGACAAUAUUCAGCAAAACGAAGAUGGUAUUAAACAAAAUCAAGAUGACAUCAAAGCAAAUGAAGACAAUAUUCAGCAAAACGAAGAUGGUAUUAAACAAAAUAAAGAUGACAUCAAAGCAAAUAAAGACAAUAUUCAGCAAAACGAAGAUGGUAUUAAACAAAAUCAAGGUGACAUUAAAGCAAAUGAAGACAAUAUUCAGCAAAACGAAGAUGGUAUUAAACAAAAUCAAGAUGACAUCAAAGCAAAUAAAGACAAUAUUCAUCAAAACGAAGGUGGUAUUAAACAAAAUCAAGGUGACAUUAAAGCAAAUAAAGACAGUAUUCAGCAAAACGAAGAUGGUAUUAAACAAAAUCAAGAUGACAUCAAAGCAAAUAAAGACAAUAUUCAUCAAAACGAAGAUGGUAUUAAACAAAAUCAAGAUGACAUCAAAGCAAAUGAAGACAAUAUUCAGCAAAACGAAGAUGGUAUUAAACAAAAUCAAGAUGACAUCAAAGCAAAUGAAGACAAUAUUCAGCAAAACGAAGAUGGUAUUAAACAAAAUCAAGGUGACAUUAAAGCAAAUAAAGACAAUAUUCUGCAAAACGAAGAUGGUAUUAAACAAAAUCAAGGUGACAUUAAAGCAAAUAAAGACAAUAUUCAGCAAAACGAAGAUGGUAUUAAACAAAAUAAAGAUGACAUCAAAGCAAAUAAAGACAAUAUUCAGCAAAACGAAGAUGGUAUUAAACAAAAUCAAGGUGACAUUAAAGCAAAUGAAGACAAUAUUCAGCAAAACGAAGAUGGUAUUAAACAAAAUCAAGAUGACAUCAAAGCAAAUAAAGACAAUAUUCAUCAAAACGAAGGUGGUAUUAAACAAAAUCAAGGUGACAUUAAAGCAAAUAAAGACAGUAUUCAGCAAAACGAAGAUGGUAUUAAACAAAAUCAAGAUGACAUCAAAGCAAAUAAAGACAAUAUUCAUCAAAACGAAGAUGGUAUUAAACAAAAUCAAGAUGACAUCAAAGCAAAUGAAGACAAUAUUCAGCAAAACGAAGAUGGUAUUAAACAAAAUCAAGAUGACAUCAAAGCAAAUGAAGACAAUAUUCAGCAAAACGAAGAUGGUAUUAGACAAAAUCAAGGUGACAUUAAAGCAAAUAAAGACAAUAUUCUGCAAAACGAAGAUGGUAUUAAAGAGAAUAAAGAGAAUUAUAAUCGAUUAGCAGCCGAAGUGGAAAUAGUAAAGCAAACUAUUUCUUCAUCAUCAUGUGAUCAGAAGAGUUCUCAGUUGGAAGAAACUAUAAAAGAACAACCCAGUUAUAUGCUACUAAAAAAUUUUCAAGGAGAUUUUGUAAUAAAAUUUGAUGAUGACUGCUUCAACUGGUCUGCACAAAGUAUACACACUAUUAUUACUAAAAAUUUUACAAGACAAUCAAAAGAACUUAAUUUCGGCGACGAUUAUUUUGUAGAAGAAAAAGAAGGAAAACUAUUACUGCUUAUUUACAAUCACAAAUCUAUCAAUGCUGAAUCUAUCAAUGGGUUAUCCAUUACGUUAGUUGACAGUGAAAGUAAAACUCAUUUGAUUUCAAUUGAAGAUAUUAAAUUGGUCCAAGCGCAUAUGUGUGAAACCAGCCAUUUUGAUGUAACAACGCACAACAGUAGAAGAAUAUCUGAACAGAUAAAAUGCAUUGUAGGAGCAGAAAGAGAAGAAGCAGAUAUUGAAUUUAUAUGUGGUGGUAGCCUGCAAACAAUGGAACCUAAGGAGUACGAAGCAUUUGAAAGAGAUUACAUCCAGCGUUAUUUCACCGUCAAUGGUAAAUGCAUGGAAGAACCACUCCAAUUUCCACCUCCAAUGCAAAACGUCACACAUUCCUUAUUCGCACAAAAGAUAAAGGAUGUUAUAAUCGAAUUACAACAUUUGUUUACAAUAUUUACGCAUUAUAACACGAAGGAACAUAUUCGAUUUCUAAAACUGGAUAAAGAAUUUUCUUUGAGUUUGGAAAGCACAAUUACUGAUAACAAAAGAAUUCUACUUGUGUUGCCAAAUUAUAUCGUCAACAUUAGAUACACAGAAACAACCGACGCAGUUAGAAUACAAGAUGAAGUCAAAGCGGGCGAAGAGGACUUGAAGGAGCUAUCUAUCAUCACUAAAAAAUAUCUUAAAAAUGGUCACCUGAAAAUGGUUAAUGUUGUAGCUGCACCACAUUUCGAAGAUAUCAAAAAUAUCCACCUUUGUGUAGACUGCAACCUACUCUCCAAGAAAACUUUGGCUGAGGAUAGAAAUAUGAUGAAGUUCUUUUCAAAUAUUUUGCAAAGCUCACAAGCACAAAAUAAAGUUCAGGAUAACAAGGAACGGUAUAUCAACAUAGUCGGUAAAGUCAUGUGUUUUAUGGCUACAAGAAAAGCACUCUAUUCUGUUCCUUCACUCAGUAAAAACGUCCACGAACAAAUAAGCUCGUUAAUACUUUCUCCACAGCAACUCCGUCAUUUAUACAACAACUCUUUAAAAAAAAUUAUAAUCGGUCCCUUAGGCAGUGGUAAGACAGUGCUAGCUUUAGCACAUUUGGAAAUUGCUUACGAGCGCUCUGAGAAUAGAUCGAUCAUAUACUACGUAGUUUGGGACGGCAACACAUUGCUGAAACGGGAUAUUGUCAAUCAUACUAAAAGAUUUAAUUACAAAGCCGCUGUCGAAGUUGUUGUAAAGGAUAAUGUCGAGUUAGCUCAGGAUUUGAAAAUGAAUGAAGUGCCAACACCAUACCAGUUAAUAGAGUCAUUGGUUAAGAAACAUGUUGACCAAAACCUGCAUCUAAUAAUUGAUGAAUUAAAUGGAGAGUUAUUGAACAAGGAAGAAUCAUCUUUGCUUAAACACUAUCUGGAGACUGAAGGAAAAUUAAAUAACUCCUUCAUCAUUUUUUUCCCACAAUCCAUUGAGAAACAUAGAACAUUAAUUUCACACCAAAAAGUCACAAUACAUGACAAGUACAAGUAUGAAGAAACAGGAAUGAAAGUAUUAAAACUUAACAGAGCAAUGAGAACAACCCGGAUAAUCUUUCAGUUUUUAAAGGCUUUUGAAAAUGAAGUAGAACAAGACAAGGUAACAAUUAAGCUUCCCGAUCAGGAAUCAAAAGAUGCAAUAUCCACCAAAACAAAAAUCGAAAAAAAAAAGAAUCUCCUUUCCAAAUUUUGGCAACAACUGAAACAACCACAACAACAACGGCGACAACAACAGCAGCAGCUGCAGCAACCACCACCACCACGACAACAACAAGAACAAGGACAAACUACCAGUAGCAAUGCCACGCCGAUAAUAAAAGGAGAAGAAGAAGUAUUUGAAACACCGGUUGAUAUUGAUGUCGUUGCAGCUUCAAUACAAGAUGGGGAUCUUUCGGGUAAUGUUAGAAUUGAUACUUCAUUAAAAUUCAAUACAGCGUAUUCAAUCGGUCAUAAUAUCGAAGGAACAAAACCGUUAUUGAUACAUCCGGCAAAUACUCCAACAACAGACAAAGAGUUUAUACCAAUGUUAGCGCUUGUUUUACAAGAUGUAUGUUUACAUCAUGCCACUAAACGUUUGUUCAUAUAUAACACAUUCCCUCAAAAGGAUAUUUUUUACAGAUUACUAAAACUGUUAAAAAUUGAUUUUCUUCACUACGACAAGUACACUGACUGGAAAGUUUUAAAUUGUGAUGAUAUCAUAGUUAAAAAUCCCUUGCAGAGUCAAAAUUAUAACCUGCUCACUACUAUUGAGGGAAGUCGUGGAGUUGAAGCAGCCGAAUGCAUCUGUAUAAUUGAAAGCAAUGAUUGCAAGUUAAAACAUUUGACGUUAGAAGCAAUGUCCAGAGCAACACAAAAUCUGGUCCUUGUUUCAGCGUCCAACGUCUACCAAUCGGAUACAGUAAAAUCAUCAACUGGUCAUAUCAUCAGUAAACUGUUAACUGAACAUUUGGUUGAAUACAAUGUAGAAGUCUCAAACGAUGAAGAUACAGAAAUACCGUUCACAAAGUCUAUGAAAAGUAACAAUAAAAUAGUUUUUAACAUAAAACCACAAUAUUGGAAAUUCAAAAAAAUGAUAAAAGAUUUGGAACAUGUUGGUUUUCAGGCAACGGAUGAACGCCUAAAUGCGCAUGAGAUCGUUAGGAAAAACCUUUAUCCUCCUGGAAAAGUGAGCAAUAUAAUUUGCUCAUAUUUGUCAAGUACAUCAUGUAUAUUGAGAUGGCAACAGGACGCUGAUAAGUACACCGUUAGUAGACAAGAAAGUAAUAGUUUAACCUGGAAUAACUUAGCAAAUGACAUUUCUUGCAAUCAAUACAUCGUUGAUGACAUGGAAAUUGGUAAAUCGUGCAAGUUUUGUGUAGUUGCUAAAAAUCAUCUUGGUGUAUCUGAUGACAGCAUUGUGUCUUAUCGUCACAAACUUCCAAACGUUAAGGGUGUCAGAUUUAAAGAUAUCGUAGAAAUUAUUAAAUCUAACGAUAUCAACAAAUUGAAAAAAUUACUAUCCAUUCAUCCAAACAUCGUUCACAUGAGAGAUGAAUAUGAACACACACCAUUGUUGUGGACAGUAUGGAACACCAACAAUACAUCAAUGGUGGAAAUACUCAUCUCAUAUGGGAGUGAUGUUUGGGCGAAAGAUAGUGGGAAACGAAACAGUUAUCAUUGGGCUGCAAUUGAAGAUCGUCACACAAUAUUAGAUAUGUUAUGUCGACAUGAUGUAACAAACAUCAACCGUGUAGAUGUUCUCAACUUCACACCAUUACAUUGGGCUGCAUAUGAUGGUCACAUCUCAUGUGUUGAUGUUUUGUUACGUUAUGAAAAUAUUGAUGUGACGAUCGAAGAUAUAGAUGGAAAAACAGCUUAUGAUCGUGCUGGAGUAUUGAUGAAUGAACAAAACCGGGAAAUAAUAAGACGGAAAAUAAAAGAAUACGAAGCUAGGAAGAAAUAAAUAUCUAACGAAAGAAUUUUUUUCGAUUGGAAAAAUGACAAUCCAUUUCGCAGACGAUAAAAGAAUUCGUUAUCACAUUUUAUUAUUUUUAUAAUAUGUUUUAUAAUUUCUUAUAAUGUACAUAAUUUUAUAUAUAUGAAAAUAUUUGUAGCAAAAAAUAUUUAAAUUUAAACUAAGUUAUUUAGACGUUGUUAUAAAAAAACAAUUUUUAUUCGAUUUAUUUUCGUCAUGUUCGAUUGUGCCGUGUUUCGUUUCAUUUUUCAUUCACAACAAGAUGCAUGGUCAAAGUCACGUGGUUUUACUGCGUUCACAGUGUCUCGUUUUAAACUUUUUCAAAUAUUUUUUUUGCUAAAGUUGUAAAAAUUAUAUGUGCGAAAAAUAUUUUUAUGCGCAAUUUUGUAUAUUAUUUUGUAUAUUUCGGUAAUAAUGUACCGAUAGAAUUUAUUAUUAAAGAAAUCCAUGUAUUUAUUAUUUAAAAAGAAUAGGUGAAAUGAA